AUGGUCAAUCUCGUUCGGGGAAGUAUGAUUGAUUUCGUUCCCAAGGAAGAAGCAAUCUAUGGGUUCGAGAUCAGAAAUGGUACUCCGUGGAACCUGCACUUUCACUGCUUGUACUUCGACAGCAUGGAUUUGAGCAUCACGCCAUUCACGGAAGUUAUCAACACGGGCAGAUUUGUGAAAGACUACAUGAUUAAUGCAAACACGGGUAUCGCGACCAUGGGAUAUGGAUCUCUAGGCAUUCCCCCGGCGAAGGUGGACUUUCCAGAUGGUGUGGACAUCUGCGGCGGGUUCUUCAAGUUCUAUUUCAGCACUGAACCUAUCGACCUCUCUCACGUCCCACAGCACUCUCCUUUCGGAGAUACUCGUGGGAUGAUGCAAGUCAAAAGGAAGCAAACACGUACCUGGGGAACUAUCCUGAUACCUGUCAUCCAACGUCGAGGAUAA